CACGCACGCCCCCCUCUUCCUCCUCGUAUCUCUCCCCCCGAUUCCAUCUCAAGCUUUCUGUUCACAGUUCACGCCCUAAACGAACUCUUUUUAAGCAACACCAGCUCAUAAAAAGCUGAUCAACUCAACCCACACACAUCACCAAAAACACUAAUCUAGACCACAUUCAUCUCCAAGAAUGGCUCCUGGCUUCAUCACCAUCACCCCACUCAGAAAGCAUUGUUCUUCCCUCGCUCUGAUUGUUCUGAUUUUAGCAGUGAUGCGUUUACGCGCAGUGAAGUGUGUGGAGUUGGAUGUCGGUGGGCCGUAUGGGUGGGCGACUCCUCCGGCUAAGAACGAUCAGAUGUACAAUGACUGGGCUUCCAAGAAUCGGUUCCAGGUUAACGACACCCUACGGUUCACGUACAAGAAGGAUUCGGUGAUGACAGUGGCGGAAGAAGAGUACGAAAGAUGCCGGUCGUCGCAUCCCGUGUUCUUCUCCAACAACGGCGACACCGUUUUCAUGCUGGACCGCCCUGGACUGUUCUACUUCAUCAGCGGCGUCUCCGGCCACUGCCAGAGGGGCCUCAAGAUGGUCGUCAAAGUUUUGGAGCAUGGAUCUUCGCCUCAGGCCGCCGCUGAUCCUCCUCCGACCAGCGGCGCCGUGUUCGUUGCUCCGGCGAAUAUAGCAAAGACUGUAUUUGUGCUACUCUCGUCGCUUUGGGGGUUGAUCUUCGUAUGAUUCCGGUGGACUGGACGGAAGGAUUAUUAGUUUCCAUUGUUGAAGUAGGGUUCCGACUAGUGUGAUUUUCUACUUGAAUCAUUAUAAGGUUGU